CUGAUACGGCUUACUUAAAAAAGAAAAAAAAAAAAAGCCUAUCAAUUUUCAUGUCUUUUCAGAUAUAUGAUAUUAAUUGAAUUUAUUUCAAAUAAAAUCGAAACUCUUUCGAUACGAUUUUAUUUCUUAAUUUAUCGAUCAAUCGUCGUGUCGAAUAAUCGACUAUCGAUAGAAAUUACAAUCACAAGACUUUUCUAUAAACUUCCAUGGAUUGAUUAAAACUGUUUAUGCACAAGUAUACUUCCAAAAAACGUUUAUGUACAGUCGGAGAAUUAAACUCGGGUGUACGACGGCUGGAUGCAUAUAUAAAAAAUUGUGAAAAAUUGUAUGAGCAAGAAGCGGCGAGCAAAAAGGUAUCGAGACGUCGGAUGGCGUUGUUGGAAUACAUUGAUCGUUUGAUGGAAUCUAUUGAGAGAGAAGAAUUAAAGAAAAAAGAAGCGUUCGAGUAUCUGAAAGCAUCAAACGAAGCCAUGAAAAGAACUAUUACAAAAUUACAAGAUUCUAUAAAGUGUUAUCGAGAAAGUAUGCCCGCGGAAUUUCAGAAAUUGGAUACCCUAAAUACCGAGCGACUUUUAAGUCUUGAUCCAAAAUUAUUUUAAUCUAUUUCAAAAUUACAAUCGCCAUAGCAAAAGUCAUACUUUUAUAUACGUAUACCUAUAUUUAGGACAAUGUACAUAUAAUAAAUACACUGAAAACAGA